AAUAACUAAAAAGCUUCAAAGAAGAUGGUGGUCAAGGUAUAUGGUCCAAUUAAGGCAGCUUGCCCACAGAGAGUAUUGGCUUGCCUUCUUGAGUUUGGGGUCGAGUUUGAACUUAUAAAUGUUGACCUUGACUCCAACGAGCAUAAGCAGCCCGAUUUUCUACUAAAACAGCCAUUUGGACAAGUCCCAGUUGUUGAGGAUGGGGAUUUUCGGCUUUUUGAAUCGCGGGCAAUCAUAAGGUAUUAUGCAACAAAAUACGCCGAUAAAAAUCCAACGCUUUAUGGAACCACAUUAGAAGAGAAAGCCUUAGUUGAUCAAUGGCUAGAAGUGGAAGCACAUCACUUUAAUGACAUGGUUUACACAAUUGUUGUUCAAAAACUAGUCAUACCGAAGAUGGGAGGGAAAACGGAGUUGGCCCUUGUUCAAAAUUGUGAAAAAAAGCUUGAACAAGUGUUUGAUAUUUAUGACCAACAACUAUCAAAGAAUAGCUAUCUAGCCGGUGAUCAGUUCACCCUGGCUGAUCUAAGCCACCUUCCCGGAAUUAGGUACCUGAUGAAUGAAGCUGGACUAGGCCACAUGGUGAGAGACAAGAAGAACGUGAAUUCGUGGUGGAAUGAUAUUUCUAGCAGACUCUCUUGGAAGAAAGUUAUGCUAUUGAUGGACCAAGUUAACUAAUGUGUCAUCUAUAUAUGCGAAUCGAAAAUCUAUUAAGCACGCUUUUAUUUUUAUGUUCGAAGACUGCAACUUCUUUUCAAUAAACUUUCAUAUCUAUUGAACACUUCCAACUUGUCAACAAAUUACAUGUUUAGUUUCUCACUUCUGGUUUUCUUCA